CUCUUCUCUGUUAUCAUUUUUGGGUGCAUCUCAUCACAAGGAUGGACAAAAGACAGAACGGGGAAGGAAACCUGCCUGUAUGAUGGGGACAGCAACGCGUGCAAUUAUGGGGUUGGUAUAUCCGUCAUUGCCUUCAUGGCGUCAAUUGGCUUCAUUGUUGGGGAAUAUUUCUUCGAGCAGAUGUCCUCAAUCAAGACCAGGAAACACUACGUUAUGGCUGAUAUGGGAUUUUCCGGUUUCUGGUCAUUUUUGUACUUCAUUGGUUUCUGCUACCUGACCAACAAGUGGAGCAAUGCACCAACUCCUCCCUAUGGUGUCAACAACAUGCAAGCUGCCAUUGCCUUCAGCUUCUUCGCCAUCUUUCCCUGGGCUGCAGCAGCUUACCUAGCCUUCAUGAGGUAUAAACAAGGGGCCGACCAGGCCUUUGCCCCAAGUUAUGAGGCUGAUCCAACCAACAUGGGAGGCUACAACAGCUACCCUGACGCCACAGAUCCUGAGGGUGGCUAUUCGCAACCUCCGUUCACUGGCCAGCCAGGCCAACCACCUCAGUCAGGUAUGCAGCAGGCACCUCCAUACUAGGCCACCAAGGUGCGUGCGCACUUUCUUUGUGGCGCAACUAGUCAGUCUACACACUAGUCGGCACCGCUCUGCUGGAUAGCACCGUCACUCUCCCCCUCCCCCCUCCCCUCUUGCCGCAAGCAACCCAAGUAUUUCAGGUCUCCUUCUGGUAGCAGCAUACCUUUGGGGGGCUGGGUCAUCCAGGGAACAUCGAAAGGCAGAAAAGAAAAGUCUACACAGUGCUGACAACAAUGGAGAGUUGUUGAACAAGUAAAAAAAUAAUUUUUAAGGAGAGUUUUUGAAGGCCUGAGGGAGGAACAAGCGUAAAAGAUAAAUAAUAAUGAUAACGAUAGUAAUGAAACUUUAACAAAUGACAAUAGAGGUCAGUUCACCUACCUUCCAAGACACAACUUUCACAAGAAGGGCCCCUAGUACUGGUAUAGAAGAUUAAGCGAGAAAAAGAAUAUAUAUAUAUUUAUUAUUUAUUAUUUUUUUGAUACGGUUAGUCUCAUUUUCAGUUACCAAAAUUGUCAGAGAUUGCUUUAGCUACCUCAUGCUUUGAUCAAUUUUUCAGUAUUGAUAUCCUUAAUGUUCAAUUAUUUCAUUUCAGGUAGACUAGGAAUCCUUUGUUUAUUUCUUGUAAAUAAUGAUGACACAUUUUACCCUUAAAGCAGUUGCAAAGUGUUUUCUAUGUCCUGAUAAAUUGAGAGUACCAUGCGUCUGUCUUAGAAUGUAGAUGAUGUUAGGCAACCUAUAGGUCCCUCAGUUCAUUCUAUGGUACUUGGGAUAUAGUCAACAAACAUCAAUAUUCCCUAUCUGUAACACAUUUAUUUUUACUUUGAUGACUAUAUUUUUAAAAUCUAAGUUCACAUUCAGAAGUGCAAGAUAACAGACAGAUUGCGUCUCAAAUCUGCUUUAGAGCCAUGAUAACAAAUGUGUUCCCCCCAUGGGGGAAUGCGCUCUCUUUCUCCCCAAGGGUUGCCUGAGAAUAUUGUGCUCAGAUAUGUUAUUUCAUCAAAUUAUCCUUGUUAAACAAACUUUGACUCCCAUACUGUUCACACCCUUCCUUUCCCCUUUUGAACAUGUGCCAAUAACUUGCAAUAACAUUAUUCCUGUCAGUAAGAUUAAAAGGAAGAAACACGACAUGAAAUUUAAAAGCUGUAUUGCAGUGGAGUCCAGAAUAUAUAUAAUGUACAGAUGUCGAUACUGGAAGUGGGUUCAUCAUGUAAGGGCAAGCUACGCCAUCACAGAGAUGAGUCGGGGUUGCCAGAGUGAAGAUAGGUUCAUGAUUUCUCUUUUAUCCCCUUCUCAAUCACCAAGAAUAUUUGUCCUGAUUGCAAAGCAUUUUGCAUGGUCACCAAAUUUUCAAAGGUUUGAUUUUCAGCUUUUAUGGCCGUAUCAGGCAGUUUUAACUUUAAUUUUUGUGCAAUAUUUUAAGGGCAUUCCUGAGAUUUUACUAAGGAUUUUAUUUCUUUCUGCUAUUACUUUAAAAAAAAUAGCUUUGUGAUAAAAGAAUAUACUCAGUCUUAUUUUUUAAAGCAAUGCUCCAAUUUGCUCAGUAUGAAUCUCAUUAAUGAUUGUCAGACAGGCUAAAGACGAGAGACAUGUGGACAAAGACACAAUUACAUAUACUGUACAUAUGCAUACUCUUACAUGCAUAGACACACCUUCCCUGUGUUCACUUAACACCUAACAGCUAACAUUUUAGGCUAAUCAAAUACACACACACAUACACAUACAUACAUAUAUAUAUAU